UUAUUGUUCUGACAGUGACAGUAAUGUGUUCUUUGAUGUCAGUCAGUUCUUCUGUCAUUAAAAAAAGUAAAGUUUAAGAACAACAAACAUCUAAAAUCUAAGAUCAGAAAGUAGAUUCAUAAAAGGCGAUAAAAUGGCACAGACAGCGGGAGUGAAGCCCAUGACUAUUGUUGGUCGUGUGGCGUCCGAAAGAGAAAGAUGUCUUGGGAUGACUGACGCAGAGAGGGCUUGGCGUAAGCAAUGGUUGCAAGACCAGAUUUUAGCUUCAAAUGAACCGGUUCAUGUCGAGGAAUAUUGGAGAGAACGCAUUAAUCCUAUUCGUCGGUUUUAUCGCAAACCUUUGGACGUUAUAUACAAUGCCCUUACCCCUGUCCUGGGAGCUCAACGUGCUGCAGAUUACAGAUACAUAACAGGGAAGCUUGGACUCAUUGCGUUUGGAAUAUUGGGAAUCCAUUAUUAUUUCAAGUACAAUACAAAUGACUGGACAAGGAAAGGAGGCUGGAGAGUGUUAAAAACUAAGCCCAUGGUUCUGCCAGGGCAACCUGGUUUCCCAUACAAAUCUGAUCGUCAUGUUCCUGCUGAUUAUGCAAGCAGGGGAUUCAAAUCAUCUCCUAUAUAAAUUUCAUUGCUGUUUCAUAAUUUAAAAUGAAAUUUAGAAAAGAGUUUUAAAUCUGUGCUUCUAAAAGAAAUUGUAA